UAUUCAUGCGAAAUUUUCAUCCAAUUGAAUAUAUUCUCCUUGAAAUAGUCGAUAUCUCAAGAAAAAUACAUUCGUUUGCGCUGAAAUUUUUAGCAUAUUCUAAUGGCUAUAAGACCUGACUAUGAGCUAGAUUACAAAUAAAAAUUUCGUAAUUCAAUUUCCCAUGAAUAGUUAAUCCAGAAGUCGAAAACCCACUAAAACGAUCAUAGUUACGGUUAUCUUAGAUAUUUUUGAGUUGCUGAUUAUAUGAUUCGAAUUCAAUAGUUAUUACAUGGAAAAAUUUGUUAAUCCUGCAAAUAAUCUCUUUUAUGUAUACAUAUAUAAUAUUUCAUAUUUUAAAUUUUGUUGUCUUUUUUAAGGACCAUCAACAACAAACAUAUGUAACAAAACAUGAUUUAAAUUUAUUACAUAAAAAAAUCAUUGCUACAGAUUUAAUUGUACAAAAAUAUCAAGAUGCUAAUAAAGCUCUAUUAAGAUUACAAAAUGAAAAUGAAGAUCUUAAACAACAAAUUGAACAAAUUACAAAUGAAUGUUGUAUUUUUGGUAAACAAGUUACAGAAUGUACACAAGAAUUUGAUAAUUUAAAAGAACAACUUGAAAUAUCAAAUAGUGAAAAACGUGAAUUACAUCAACAAUUACGUUUAUUACAAGAUGAAAAUACGAAUAAUUAUCAUGAAAUUAUGGUUUUAAAACAAUAUGAAUCAUUAAAAGAUACAAAUGAUCAAUUGAGUAAAACUGUUGAUCGACAACAAAAACAGAUAGCAAAAUUACAACUUCAAGUACAAAGAAAAUCACCUAUUAUUUAUAAGGCGAAUAAAGAUAAAAAAGAACCAUCAGAAACAGAUAUUGCUUUGACUAACUCACAAAAAUCAGUUCGUGAACUUAAAUUAGCACUUGCACGUCUUAUGAAUUUUAUACAAACAUCUCAAAUUGAAAUUCCAACAGCUCUUCAUAUUCGACCUGUUCUUAAAGCUCAUGAUAUAAAUGAUGAUUUCUUAGAAAUAGAAGGUGAAUUUAUUCGUAAACCAGUGAAGAAAGUAUCGAAACCGGUUAUUAGUCAAACUGAUGAUGACGAUGAUGAUAACGGUGAUUUUAUUGAUAUUAGACAUACUAUUGAACCUCAACCUGUAAAUAUAACUAAUUCAUCAAUAGAUAUUAUUGAAAAACCAUCAAAAACUUCUUCACGUCAAGAACAGAAAAAAAAAGAAAUACAAAAAAGAAAAUCUACAAAAAAAAAUCGUCGACAAAAAGAUUUAUCUACAACAGAAAAACCAUCAACAAAAUUAGAUGAUCUUGCUAAUGAACUUGAAAUUGCUUUAUCACAAUCUGAUCAACAACAACAACAACAAAAUAUCCCUCAAUU